AUGAAGUGCCUUUUGUCCACGAGCCCAAGUGCUGCUGAGUUUCUCGAAGCAACCAAGAAACUUUACGUUAAAACCGAUGCGCUCAUACAACGGAGACUAGAACCAGGCCAACCCCGUAUAUUCCAGUCCACUGAUGAAGAUGAAGAAACAUGUUGUAAACUCCCUUCUCCAUGUGCGUUUACGCCUCGGAUUCCUUCGAAAAAAUCUGCUUUUCGUCUAAUUUGUGUUCCUAAUCGGACAAUUCGAGCCGAUCCACGAAAUGAGCACAUUGAGACAGUGAGCCGAUCAUUGAGCCCACCUCCGCUUUAUCCUCGAAGCACAUCGUUAGCGCAGUAUUCAUCAAUGAAAAAGACUCUUGAUUGGAAACCAACCCCGAAACCAAGGCUCAGCAUAAUGAAGAGCAUGGAAGAGCAUCCAAUGAAAGAAUCAGAGCGACCUCAACCGAAACCCCGACAGAAGAUUCAUUCAAAUGAGUACAGUAGACAAGGUGAAGUUCAUCCAGUAUCCGCUGAUGCGCUACGAAAUUCUCCACUUUCCUACCGUAGGAAGAAUAUCACUAAAUCUUCACCGAAUAUAUCAGCGCCUUCUGUUGCUGCCUUGAAGAGACGAGUUCAUUCGUCACGACCUGCCACUCCUGUUACGCUUACCGAGGAACCAUCGGUAAUGUUUCCGGUUAUGGAUGAAUCAGAACGUGAUUUUCUUCGAGCUGCCGUUCGACUUACGUACUCUACCGAUGAUGAGGAUAGCAGCUCUCCAUCACCAUCAUAUGGCCAUAACUCCUUUACAUUUAAUCCUGGCAUGGGACGAUCAGAGGAGAAGCAUUGCGUUCCUCAGUCCCCUGCCGCGGAUAGUGGACAGCCUAAUAGCGAUGAUGAAGACCGAAGGACUCAUCCGUGCUCAACGAAAUCCUUGGACGACGGUUUCUUUGAUUUAAGCUAUCACAAGAAAGGAGAGGACACACCAUCCGAGGCUUUAACAUCUAUUUCUAAUUCGCCAAAGAUCACUGAUCAGAACCCUGAUGAUGAAGUUCGUGCAUCACACCUAAGCAUAUUGGAGAAAAAUGCUCGCGUAAUGAGGUGGAUACAUGGUUGUGCCGCACCGCCUGUUUUUAUCGGAACUCCUUGA